AUGUCACCCGAGAACGAAAAAUUGACGAAUUUCUUAGCAGCCACCAAGGUAUCGGAUGACAACAAAAAAAUCAUACCACGCUGGUGGAGCGGCGGAAUAUCUGGCGCCUGUAGCCAAUGUAUAGUUGCACCUUUUGAUCUACUGGAGACUCAAAUGAUUUUCCUUAGGAAAGACAUGACUAUGGUUGACUAUGUUAAAAUAGCAAUAAAAAAUCAUGGAUUUUUAUCACUUUAUGACGGUCUAAGCGCUCAAUUUUUACGACAGCUUUCUUAUACGACGUUACGAUUCCAUCUGUACCAAGUGGGAAAACGAUAUGUCGAUGAAUACAAUUUCAUACACAAGGUUUGCGUGGCGAGCAUAUCUGGCUUUGUGGCUGGGAUUGUCGGAAUACCUUGUGAACUGGUUAACACUCGCAUGCAUGUGGAUCGGUUGCUUAAAGUGAAAUAUAGGCGAAAUUAUAAAAAUGCCUUUGAUGGUCUGCAUAAAAUAUGGCGGGACGAGGGGUUUAGGGCACUCUACACGGGAGGCUUAUGUUCUUUUACUCGUGCCACAAUUAUUAAUAUUGGACAGAAUGCGAUGUAUGAUCAGAGCAAAAUGAUGUAUACGCACUACUAUGCGUGGAACGAAGAUAGUAAAAUCCUGCAUAUAACAAGCUCACUCACUGCAGCCGUUUGGUGUGUUCCUUUGGUUCAGCCCAUUGAGAUACUUAAAACGAUGCAAAUGAACAGAACGACCGGUUAUUUAACCACAACCUCAGAAAAGAUUACGUAUAUGAUGCGCUUCGGUAUCAGGGGUUUAUUUCGUGGCAUUAUGCCAAAUCUGUUGCGAAUGAUUCCGCAGACAAUUAUUAUGUUUUUAUUGUAUGAGCAGUUACGAUUUCAAUUUGGCUAUUAUGAAUAAUAUAUGCAUACAAUU